GAAAGAGAGAAAGAGAGAAUUAGAGAGAGCACACUUAAAUUCACACAGGACACCGAAUAGAACAGGAGAAGUACUCCAGAUAUAACAAACUGACCCUAGCCCACCGACACAAUCUACUGCAGCAUAAAUACUGGAGGCUGAGACAGGAGGGUUCAGGAGACACAGUGGCCCCACCCGAGGACACCCCCGGAGAGGGCCAAACAGGAAGGAUAUAACCCCACCCACUUUGCCAAAGCACAGCCCCCACACCACUAGAGGGAUAUCUUCAACCACCAACUUACCAUCCUGAGACAACGCUGAGUAUAGCCCACAAAGAUCUUCGCCAUGGCACAACCCAAGGGGGAGGGGGGGCGCCAACCCAGACAGGAUGAUCACAUCAGUGACUCAACCCACUCAGGUGAUGCACCCCUCCCAGGGACGGUAUGAGAGAGCCCCAGUAAGCCAGUAACUCAGCCCCUGUAAUAAGGUUAGAGCCAGAGAAUCCCAGUGGAAAGAGGGGAACCGGCCAGGCAGAGACAGCAAGGGCGGUUCGUUGCUCCAGAGCCUUUCCGUUCACCUUCCUACUCCUGGGCCAGACUACACUCAAUCAUAUGACCCACUGAAGAGAUGAGUCUUCAGUAAAGACUUAAAGGUUGAGACCGAGUUUGCGUCUCUGACAUGGGUAGGCAGACCGUUCCAUAAAAAUGGAGCUCUAUAGGAGAAAUCCCUGCCUCCAGCUCUUUGUUUAGAAAUUCUAGGGACAAUUAGGAGGACUGCGUCUUGUGACCGUAGCGUACGUGUAGGUAUGUACGGCAGGACCAAAUCGGAGAGAUAGGUAGGAGCAAGCCCAUGUAAUGCUUUGUAGGUUAGCAGUAAAACCUUGAAAUCAGCCCUUGCUUUGACAGGAAGCCAGUGUAGGGAGGCUAGCACUGGAGUAAUAUGAUCACAUUUUUUGGUUCUGGUCAGGAUUCUAACAGCCGUAUUUAGCACUAACUGAAGUUUAUUUAGUGCUUUAUCCGGGAAGCCGGAAAGUAGAGCAUUGCAGUAGUCUAACCUAGAAGUGACAAAAGCAUGGAUUAAUUUUUCUGCAUCAUUUUUGGACAGAAAGUUUCUGAUUUUUGCAAUGUUACGUAGAUGGAAAAAAGCUGUCCUUGAAAUGGUCUUGAUAUGUUCUUCAAAAGAGAGAUCAGGGUCCAGAGUAACGCCGAGGUCCUUCACAGUUUGAGACGACUGUACAACCAUCAAGAUUCAUUGUCAGAUUCAACAGAAGAUCUCUUUGUUUCUUGGGACCUAGAACAAGCAUCUCUGUUUUGUCUUAGUUUAAAAGUAGAAAGUUUGCAGCCAUCCACUUUCUUAUGUCUGAAACACAUGCUUCUAGCGAGGGCAAUUUUGGUGCUUCACCAUGUUUCAUUGAAAUGUACAGCUGUGUGUCAUCCGCAUAGCAGUGAAAGUUAACAUUAUGUUUUCGAAUGACAUCCCCAAGAGGUAAAAUAUAUAGUGAAAACAAUAGUGGUCCUGAAACGGAACCUUGAGGAACACCGAAAUUUACAGUUGAUUUGUCAGAGGACAAACCAUUCACAGAGACAAACUGAUAUCUUUCCGACAGAUAAGAUCGAAACCAGGCCAGAACUUGUCCGUGUAGACCAAUUUGGGUUUCCAAUCUCUCCAAAAGAAUGAAAGGAAGCAGCUCUUUCAGUUUUUUUAGUUGGAAUAGGGUCCAGUAUGCAGCUUGAAGGUUUAGAGGCCAUGAUUAUUUUCAUCAUUGUGUCAAGAGAUGUAGUACUAAAACACUUGAGCGUCUCUCUUGAUCCUAGUCCCUGCUAGAGUUGUGCAGACUCGGGACAACUGAGCUUUGAAGGAAUACGCAGAUUUCAAGAGGAGUCCGUAAUUUCCUUUCUAAUAAUCAUUAUCUUUUCCUCAAAGAAGUUCAUGAAUUUAUCACUGCUAAAGUAAAAGCCAUCCUUCUCUUGGGGAAUGUUGCUUUUUAGUUAGCUUUGCGACAGUAUCAAAAAGGAAUUUCGGAUUGUUCUUAUUUUCCUCAAUUAAGUUCGAAAAAUAGGAUGAUCGAGCAGCAGUAAGGGGUCUUCGGUACUGCACGGUACUGUCUUUCCAAGCUAGUCGGAAGACUUCCAGUUUGGUGUGGCGCCAUUUCCGUUCCAAUUUUCUGGAAGCUUGCUUCAGAGCUCGGGUAUUUUCUGUGUACCAGGGAGCUAGUUUCUUAUGAGAAAUGUUCUGAAUUUUUAGGGGUGCAACGGCAUGUAGGGUAUUGCGCAAAGUUAAAUUGAGUUCCUCAGUUAGGUGGUUAACUGAUUUUUGUCCUCUGGCGUCCAUGGGUAGACAGAGGGAAUCUGGAAGGACAUCAAGGAAUCUUUGUGUUGUCUGUGAAUUUAGAGCACGACUUUUGAUGUUCCUUGGUUGGGGUCUGAGCAGAUUAUUUGUUGCAAUUGCAAACGUAAUAAAAUGGUGGUCCGAUAGUCCAGGAUUAUGAGGAAAAACAUUAAGAUCCACAACAUUUAUUCCAUGGGACAAAACUAGGUCCAGAGUAUGACUGUGACAGUGAGUGGGUCCAGAGACAUGUUGGACAAAACCCACUGAGUUGAUGAUGGCUCCGAAAGACUUUUGGAGUGGGUCUGUGGACUUUUCCAUGUGAAUAUUAAAGUCACCAAAGAUUAGAAUCAAGACAAGUGGGAGCUCUGGAAAAAAACAAGGUCGAAUCAUGAUGACAUCAGUGAUCUUCAGGUCGUAGCUCUAGAAAGACGCCCGAGUUCCAGAUGUACAAUUCUGAGUUGGAAGACCGUUCAAAACAUAUUUUUCCCCAGUUCCCAGUUGUCUUGAACUCAAUGAAGUCAGAUUUCGCAGUUCCGCGUUAACAGUUGUUUUGAGCGUUGUACAAAUCAGCAUAGCCAAUGUUGAACGUUUAUCAUUAUGAUUAUACUUGGAAAAGAGACCCUUAAUCCCAGACUUGGGACCACACAGCCACCCCACGGAAUAGCAGGCUAGGGACUGCUUUGCAAUGCUUGUAGUUAGCCAAAUAUUCCUUCCAAUCCACUCAUUGUUGAAUUUGUGAUUUCCAACUUGUUGUGUAAUGUUUAUGGCCGAUGACCCCCGAUAGGUUUUAUCUAAAAAUUUAUCUUCAUUAUUUUUGUCUUCAUAUGACAAGGAUUAAAAAGGAUUUGCCAGUAGAUUGUCAACUUGAUGAUGACUGCUAGAUAAGAUUUUGAAAGUAGUCCAAUCAAAGCUACAGUAGAUGUGAUUUGAUGUAAUUUUAUCUGUGGCCAAUGACCUUGAGUCUUCUUGGAUGGGCACUUCUAAUGUAACUUUAUGGCAGCACGCAAGGGGAUUGAAUUUUCGAGCUCUACCCUUAAACUUGGCGGUGACGUAGUGUCCCCAUAAGUGACAAAACACUGAGCCAAUCACGGCGCAGCUAGGAGAACAUUACCAAUCCCUACGCUCCGUAUUUUCCGCUUGCUGACCCAUCACCACAGAAAGCACUGAGCCAGGCUGAAACACCUGCAUUUUGGAGCUUAUUUACUCAAGAAAGCAAAAAAGAGACCAUGUUUGUAUGCUGUUUUAUUAACUCCACUUUCUUUUUUACAUUGUUUGCAAACUGAUAUGUGAUGCGAAUUAAUGCCGAAAUAAAGUGCAAAACAGGCAAGCCAAAAGUACUUUGUAUUUUUCUCCGCUCAUACAGGAGUAAUAUAGACCUAGUGCACUAAUUUGGUGGGGAUUUGUUAUUUAUUUAUUUCAGACCAACACCUCAGCACCCCUACUUCCCGUUGCUAUGCUUAUCUGACAGGGGAGGUGCUAGCAGAUGGAAACUGUGUGCCUCCCAAAACUAUCUCCUUUAGCCUAAAGUGUAGGUCUACCCUUGUGCACUAGCCUACUUCCUACAAAUCGAGAAGCAUUGGUGAAUUGGAGGCAUGGUAUAGUGGGAGUUUCCACCAUAUUUCACAUACCAGUCAUUUCCUUUCAAAUCAGAGAAGUAAAGGGAACAAGUGCACACAUUGGGAGGAUGGAGAUAAUUAGGACAUAGCCCCUAGUUAGCGAGUCCACAAGGCUACUGCAGUGCUUUCUGUAGUCCACAGGAUGGAGAGUGAACGCUAUUGGAGUCAGUUAAAGGUCCAAUGCAGCUGUUUUUAUCUCAAUAUCAAAUUAUUUCUGGAUAACAAGAAUGUACCUUACUGUAAUUGUAAAUUGGUCAAAAGUUAACAAAAAUAGCUUUUUAGCAGAUUAAGAGUAAUUUCUCAAGCUAGAAGUGGGAAACUGAAAACCAUUGCUGUUAUUGGCAGAGUGGUUUGGAACUAGGGCUGGGCAAUAUCUAAAUAAUUCAAAUUAAUAUUUUAGCACAAUGUUCCAAAUGCCUUUAUCGUAAGAAUAUAUUUUUUUAAUUAGUGUUUUUUGUUGUUCUUCGUCUUGUCUCUUUUGCUCCUUCUGUACUGUGUGCAUCUUCUCACUCCACAGACACAUGUUUUCAGCACAUUCAACUAUGUAAAGACAAAGUAUUUAAUAAGAAUAUUUCAUUCAUUCAGAUCUAGGAUGUGUUAUUUUAGUGUUCCCUUUAUUUUUGUGAGCAGUGUAUAUAUAAAACACACACACAUACAUAUAUAUAUAUAUAUAUAUAAACACAGGAUAUUACCUUUUUUGACUGCACUGGGCCUUUAAAGGUCAUAUCUUGCUGUCCGCCAGCCAUGCAGGGAGAUUGAUAGAGAAACAAGGCUGGGGAAUUUUAGGCUUGUAGCUAAGAAUGUACAGAAGGGGUUUCAGUGAGAAACACUACAACUUAUGACAACUUUUGUAAAUGUGGUGGGAGUGGCAUCUUUUUGGGAAUAUGAACCAAGUAGCCUACAUACAAAUGGUAGGUUAGAAACAAUAGACUAGCCAAAGUUCAGUUAUGACGUACAGAAUUAUAAACACCGUAAUAUAAUCAAUGCUGAUUGGUUGACAUUCGUAGUAUAUCAGCGCGUAUACCACGGGUAUGACAAAACAUUUAUUUUUACUGCUCUAAUUACAUUGGUUACCAGUUUAUAACAGCAAUAAGGCACCUCGGGGGUUUAUGAUGUAUGGCCAAUAUACCACGGCUCAGCGUUACGUCGUGCAUAAGACCAGCCCUUGGCCUUGGUAUAUUGGCCAUAUGGAUAAGAGCUUCUGCUAAAUGACUCAAAUUAAAUGAUUUACAUAUUUUCAGUAAAAAAAAUAUUUUGAUUAAUUUAUUCAUACUAUUUCAUCCUUCCACAAGAUAUAGUCCUGACCCAAAUCUAGGGUUACUGCCCAAGCCGGCUAGUUGUUCGUUCUAUUGGUUCGGUUGCCAGAGACUCGACCCAGUUGUUGUCAAUUUAAUCUGUAUCUAUGGACACAAUCCAGUUGUUCAUUCUAAAUGCUCUAUUGCCAGACUGGCUGGCAACGUUCUUAUCCUUUGCUGCCUAGCUAGCCAACUAUGGCUAACUUACAGUCAUGUCUAACAGUGCAGCCAGAAUAGCAACAAAGUUGCUGCAUUUGCGUUUGUUUAAGCUGUUUUCUAGUGAUAUUUAUUUGGAUACAUCCAUAACAAAGAGCUAAUGAUGUGAGAUUUCAACUGGCAUAGACAAUGAGCUCUCUUGUCAGGACAGUGUUGUUCAGAGGAGCUAGCCAACAACACAGCUAACACAAUAACUUCAAACUGAAGCUGGAAAGACUGCAACUUCCGAAAAAAAUGAUGCUGAUUGAUGAUUUUGACUGGCUGAGAAAAGCUGCCUGCCUGUCUGUCUCAUCCUGACUGCCGACACGUUUGUUACUAUGCGACAGCUGGAGAUCGAAUUUGAAUAUUAAAACAAUAUUGCAAAUGUCAGAGAGACCGACAUCAAGGUUUAUACAAAUCUCCACUGUUAAAAACUAAAUGGGCUGAUGAGACAGUGGAGUCAGAUGGAACAGAGUAAAUAGCUAUUUCAACUUCAUAGAUUUAGCCGGUGGUAACUUGUGGAAUAGACACCGGCUCGAAUGCGGUUUUAACCAAUCAGCAUUCAGGAUUAGACCAAUUCAAUAUUGGUAGAAUUCAAUGGCUUUAGUUCAUUUUUACAUGUUUUGUUUGAGCAGAUUUUGAAAGCAGAAAUCACAGUAUUAAUAUUAGUAUUGUUGAAUUCGAUUUUCAUAAUAGCAAGAACUGUUUGGUUAGCUAAACUAGCAAGAACUGUUUGGUUAGCUAAACUAGCAAGAACUGUUUGGUUAGCUAAACUAGCAAGAACUGUUUGGUUAGCUAAACUAGCAAGAACUGUUUGGUUAGCUAAACUAGCAAGUCUGUUUGGUUAGCUAAACUAGCAAGAACUGUUUGGUUAGCUAAACUAGCAAGUCUGUUUGGUUAGCUAAACUAGCAAGAACUGUUUGGUAGGCUAAACUAGCAAGUCUGUUUGGUUACCAACUGCAACUACCAUAUCUAUCUAGUAAACUUGCUAGCUACUUCAGUGGAUGUUGAAAAAUUUCUACUGGCAAAUGAACACAUUUUUUUGUUGCAAAUGUGUUAAAUUAUAGCCAUGGUAUAAAAGGGAUAAUCAACUCAUGGCUCUACAUUCUCUGGAAAAUAAUUUCAACACUAUUUUCCACGCUAGUUCGUCGUGGAACACACAUUCCACAGAGUUCAUUAUUUUCCAUAGAACGCUGAUAUUGUUGAAAGCAGUCCUGACAAAAUAGCCUAUCAUUAUAAUGCUCUAGUCUAGGCUUUUGUGUAAGCAAACAAAGGUGUUAAAUGCCUCUUCCCCCCCUUUUUCCUCUCUCUACCCUACUGAUGUUACAUUUGCAAACCCCUUUGGUUAACAUAGAGAUUCUGGGAACAUCAGAAGGUGGGGGGAAAUUAACAAUAUUCUGGUAAUCCGACCAAUUGAACAUAUGCUGUGGUACUUAAUGAAUAUGAUGUCAGUUCGGUUGUCAUCUGAGACAUUCUCAUCAAUGAUAAGAUGACAUAAACUCUACAGUGGAAAGUCUAUACAUCAGAGUUAUCAGAUUUACAUGGAAUUGUUGUUCAAUUUAAAUGUUUGAAUAUGAAAUUAUUCAUGAUGGGAUGAAAUGUGAUUUUAGCUUCUAAAAUGUGAGAUUUGGCUUUUCAUAAGGUUAGGGCUAUGCUCAAUCAGUGGCCCACCCCUGUGAAGGGACAUGGGUUAUAAAACUUUUCAAACACGCCCUCCUCUCCCUUCCUAUAUAAAGCCUUGACGACAAUAUAACCUCCUGUUCCGAGGAUGUGAGGACGACGGUCCGAUGUCAGAAUGGUUCAGAUAAUAACUACAGAACGAAGCCAACAUCAGCGUGAGCUUUGGUUGCGAAUGGUAUGAACUUUGAACUCUUAUUCACAACAGAAGUGAUACCUCCUAGCCGUUGAGUUAGCAACAGCAGAUGCAAACGCAGGUUUGGAAGGAACAGACAGAGUAUCCCGUCUAUCACACAACGACGUUACUACAACGUAUCCAAUUGACAACCAGAGACAUUCUUCAAAGGACUCGGUUGGGCAACACGGCCUUCCAUCUACCACCAACCUACCGAAGCGCAGCUCAGACAUCUUCUUGGCACCUCUGUCUUUUCUCUCAUGCUGCUACCUCUGGUGUUGUCUUGUGACAGCAACCGGACUAUGAGAGAGAUCGCUGAGGACUACGAGUCUGUCAUCUCCCUGCUCCUUCAGAACCUUGAGAACAACAUCACUGAAUCAUUAAAAGUGUCUCAUAAAAGCUGCACAGGGGAAAUGUCUGAAUGUGAGAAGGAUAACGAAAGACAGUUUAUUUACAACAUGAUGUGUAGCCAUACCAGACUCAUUAGGCUCUUUAAGCUAGAGAGACUCAAGAGAGAAAUCCUGUGCUCACUGGGCCGCUACUGUCCUAGAAAACAGAUAUUGAUUGACCAUAUUAUUAUUGUGUUGUCAAUGGUCUGGUUUCUCAACGUCCAGAGGAGUUCACAAGGACAGCACACAACCCAUCGGCAUCAGAAGAGAAAGAAGAAGAAGCCAGGAGGGGAAACGGUGGAGGAGAAAGAGAGAACGGAGGAGAACAGAGGGACCACGAAGGGAGGGGAGAGGUUGAACAGUUGGAAACAGCAGGGACGAGAGAGAAAGGAGAGAAGCAGGAGCACAGAGGCCAUGAAAAGGAGGCGGAGACAGUGUGGACUGAAGGUGUUUGUGGACAGCCUGAAGGAGUGCUACAUGUCUCUGGCUGAAAGACAUGGAGACCUGAAGUGAGAGGAGAGAUGCAGCCGAGCUAACCCCACCAAGCAUUUAUUUACCACUUUCUUGCAGGUAUACCCCUUUAUAUAUAUCAGUGGGUAACUGGCAAAAUCUGAGGGGUGGAGAGUGUUUUUAAACCAUGGGGGCUGUUUGCAUUUCAAAUUAGGGAGGAGUUAAACAAUUACGUGUUAAUUCAUUUACCUGCAAAAAAGCAAAGAGAAACAUUCACACAGAUUCCUGUCUUUUGUUUACAGGCUCUGUGAAAAUGCAGGAACCAUGACUAGGUCUUUAGGUGUUUUUUAUUUUCCAUGCUUUCUACACCUUUCUUAAGCUAGUUUUCCAUUCAACUUUAGACAGUCUAAAAUUCACGUUAAAAAAAUAUGCAAAUUUUCCCACCUGACAUGUUUCCAUCAAAUUGACUUGUGUGUUAGGAUGGAAGGCGCAUAAAAAUUACUUUUGUAGUUAAAUUACCAUGUACAGAAUAAAACAUACAAGUUAAAUGGGUUUCGAUUGCAUUUUCAACUCUACUGAUGGUUUUGUCACUAAACAUGUUGAGUUAUAUAACGAAUGUACCCACUCAGGUAUUGGCAUGUAUGCUCUAUCGCAGAUACAGUGUCUGCAUGAUGAGAUUCUUAUUGACAAAAGAGCAUUUUUGUUUGUGAAACGGCAUCCAAGCAUUGAUCAUCAUGUCAUCAGAAUAAGACCCUCUCUAUUUAUUGGAAAAGAGCAUGAAGCUCAUCACCUUACACUUUCACCACCCUGUAAAGUUCAUCAUAACUUAUUUAAUCUGUAGCCUAAUAAACGACAUGCUUUUCUGAGUUGUAGGAGGAGGACCAAACACCAUGUUAUCACGUGACUCCAAGUUUACUUCCCUAUGAUGGUUAUUAUAUCAAUAUUUGCACAUAAGAGUUUCCACUGCCAUUUCUCACAUAAUUAAUUUGACAAACAACGAUCCCAUCUUGUCCAGAGUAGUUUGUUUUGUCGACAUUUAGAAAGUUUACCGACAAAUUAGCUGUUUCCAUCAUGCCUGUCUUGACAUUUUUUAUCCGACAUGUACUUUCCUCGCAUAAAAAUGUUACCUGGUUAGAAAAACUAAAAGCUGGUAUAAGAAUGCAGGCAUGGUAAAUUAGUGGGAUUUUGGUAUGUGUAUGAAAAGGAUAUUACUGUAAAAUGUAUACAGUUACUGUAAAAUGAAAGUGUAUAGUAAACACCCUGUAAGGUAGUAUAGUCUGUAUACAGUUACUGUAAAAUGAAAGUGUAUAGUAAACACCCUGUAAGGUAGUAUAGUCUGUAUACAGUUACUGUAAAAUGAAAGUGUAUAGUAAACACCCUGUAAGGUAGUAUAGUCUGUAUACAGUUACUGUAAAAUGAAAGUGUAUAGUAAACAUCCUGUAAGGUAGUGUAGUCUGUAUACAGUUACUGUAAAAUGAAAGUGUAUAGUAAACACCCUGUAAGUUAGUAUAGUCUGUAUACAGUUACUGUAAAAUGAAAGUGUAUAGUAAACACCCUGUAAGGUAGUAUAGUCUGUAUACAGUGCUUUCGAGAGUAUUCAGACCCUUUGACUUUUUCCACAUUUUGUUAGUUUAUGUUGUGGAAUAUUGACUCAAAAUAUUUCACAGAUACCAGAACUUGUAAAUUCAAUUAGACUUCAUUACAAAGCAUUUCCAUGGAACAACCCUCUUUCUCAUCACAGAGCUCUGUCUAGUUUUCCUUCUUACAUAACACGUAUAGUCACUCCCUUGUAUGUGUAUGAAUAAGUCCCCUUGGCCUCGCACCACCAUUAUCUUGAUACAAAAAAAUCAUACAUUUAUUGCAUACAUAUGUCUCCAGUAUUAGUUAUUUUCCGAUGAUCCUAGAUCAGUACAACCAUGGUUUCUUUGUUACAUUUUCUGCUGACAUCCUGUUUCUACAUGUUUGGUUAUCAGCUUCAUAUACCUUUCCUGCUGACAUGCAAUUAUCUACAUGUCUGUGUCUGGUGAUGAAUUCCAUAUGUCUUUUCUGCUGACAAUAUGUUUUUACUGUCGUCUAAUGGUCAACUAUGUUUACCUAGCUCUGUCCAUUUUUAUCUGAGCUCAGCAGGUAUUCUGCUCACAUAUGUCUUAUUCGUUAUAUAUGUUUUUCUGUCUCAACACUUCAAAGUGGUCAGUCUGAAUACUGGAAAUGUAAUCAUUGGCAUGAGUUUCGCUCCUACAGUUACAGCCUUAUUCUAAAAUGUAAUACAUCCCCCCCCCCUCAUCAAUCUGCAUACCCAAUAAUGACAAUGCAAAAUGCUACCUUUGUAGAUGUUUUUUGCAAAUGUAUAAAAAAUUCAAGUGAAAUAUCACAUUUACAUAAGUAUUUAGACCCAAUAUUCAGUACUUUGUUGAAGCAACAUUGGCAGCGAUUACAGGCUCGAGUCUUCUUGGCUAUGACGCUACAAGCUUGGCACACCUGUAUUUGGGGAGUUUCUCCCAUUCUUCUCUGCAGAUCCUCUCAAGCUUUGUCAGGUUGGAUGGGGAGCGUUGCUGCACAGCUAUUUUCAGGUCUCUUCAGAGAUGUUCAAUCAGGUUCAAGUCCGGGCUCUGGCUGGAACACUCAAGGACAUUCAGAGACUUGUCCCGAAGCCACUCCUGCAAUGUAUUGGCUGUGUGCUCAGGGUUGUUGUCCUGCGGAAGGUGAACCUUUGCUCCAGUCUGAGUUCAUGAGCGCUCUGGAGCAGGUUUUCAUCAAGGAUCUCUCUGUACUUUGCACCGUUCAUCUUCACCUUGAUCCUGGCUAGUCUCCUAGUCCCUGCCACUGAAAAACAUCCCCACAUCAUGAGUCUGCCACCACCAUGCUUCACCGUAUGGAUGGUGCCAGGUUUCCUUCACACGUGACACUUGGCAGUCAGGCCAAAGAGUUCAAUCUUGGGUUCAUCAGACCAGGGAAUCUUGUUUCUCGUGGUCUGAGGGUCUUUCGGUGUCUUUUUGCAAACUCCAAGUGGGCUGUCAUGUGCCUUUUACUGAGGACUGGCUUCCGUCUGGCCAGUCUAGCUUAAAGGCCUGAUUGGUGGAGUGCUGCUGAGAUGGUUAUCCUUCUGGAAGGUUCUCUCAUCUCCACAGAGGAACUCUGGAGCUCUGUUAGAGUAACCAUCAGGUUCUUGGUUAUCUCCCUGACCAAGACCCUUCUCCACCCGAUUGCUCAGUUUGGCCGGGCGGCCAGCUCUAGGAAGAGUCUUGGUGGUUCCAAAAUUCCUCAAUUUAAGAAUGAUGAAUGCCACCGUGUUCAUGGGGACCUUCAAUGCUGCAGACAUGUUUUGGUAUGCUUCCUCAGAUCUGUGCCUCGACACAAUCCUGCCUCGGCGCUCUACAGACAAUUCCUUCGACCUCAUGGCUUGGUUUUUGCUUUGACAUGCACUGUCAACUGUGGGACCUUAUAUAGAUACAGUGCAUUGCAAAAGUAUUGCUGUGGGGAUGUUUUUCAUCGGCAGGGACUGGGAAACUGGUCAGAAUUGAAGGAAUGAUGGAUGGCUAAAUACAUGGAACUUCUUGAGGGAAACCUGUUUCAGUAUUCCAGAGAUAUGAGACUGGGACGGAGGUUCACCUUCCAGAAGGACAAUGAACAUAAGCAUACUGCUAAAGCAACACUCGAGUGGUUUAAGGGGAAACAUUUAAAUGUCUUGGAAUGGCCUUGUCAAAGACCAGACCUCAAUCCAGUUGAGAAUCUGUGGUAUGACUUAAAGAUUGUUGUACACCAGCGGAACCCAUCUAACUUGAAGGAGCUGGAGCAGUUUUGCCUUGAAGAAUGGGCAAAAAUCCCAGUGGCGAAAUGUGGCAAGCUUAUAGAGAAAUUCCCCAAGAGACUUGCAGCUGUAAUUGAUGCAAAAGGUGGCUCUACAAAGUAUUGGCUUUGGGGGGUGAAGAGUUAUUCACGCUCAAGUUAACUGUUUUUUGUGUCUUAUUUCUUGUUUGUUUCACAAUAAAAAAAUAUUUAGCAUC